GACAAAAAAGUGAAGGUAUAUAAAGUCUGUGUUUCCAUCUCUGAGACAUCCUGUGACCAGAAACUGCUGCUGGAACAGACUCUUCAACUAACCAUCAGAACAAGAUGGCUGCCGGUCUUCUCUUCUCUCUGCUUCUUGGUCUGAGCUUUGGACUCUGGGAUGGAGCUGAUGCCGGAUGUCGACUGAAAGUUGCCGACUGUGAGGAGUGCACUCAUGGUUGGAGAUGGUAUGAGGGUCGGUGUUUCCUGUAUGUGAAGGUUAAAAUGACCUGGGGUGAUGCAGAGAGAUUCUGCCUUUCAUUGGAUGCAAAUCUGGCCUCAAUAAACACCUUACAUGAGUACCACUUCAUCAGAGACUUUACCUUAAAUUCAACUGGAAAACACAAACAAACUUGGGUUGGAGGUCAUGAUUCAGCACAGGAAGACACCUGGUUUUGGAGUGACGGCUCCAAGUUUGUGUUUCAUCGCUGGGGCUACAGAGAGCCAAACAAUUUUGGUGGAAACGAGAAAUGUAUGGACAUCAACAUGCAUGGACGAGAUCAUGUGAAUGAUAAUGAAUGCUCCAAGAAGUUUCCAUUCAUCUGUGCCAAAUCCCCAUAACAUUUCUCUUCUGAUGCCUAAUAAUCUGAACCGUAUGGCUUUCCUGCUGGUGAUGUCACUUCCACCUGGAUGUCAAGCCUCGAUGACAUCACUGCUGGAAGAACCUGAUUUCACUUCAUUUCUCACUUAAAUAAAUGUUUUCUUUCUCUGAAAUCUGAUUGAUUUAACUAUAGGAUUUAAAAUAUAUCAAGAUUCCACUAAAUGGUAAUAUUUCUAAAUCUCAGCUAUAAAUUUGUACUGUAAUAAAUAAGUGCAUUUGUAAAGUAAUAAAAAUCUAUGAAAUAUUAA